AUGCCUGCUGCCAACGUCGAAUCUCCUGCCGCCAUUGGCAAGGAGGCCGCUGAGUCGGUCACUGUCCUUGAGGGACUCAUGAAGAGCCUCACCCUGGCUGCCUCCGCCGAUGAGGCCAACGCCGCCGCUGGCAACAUUGCCCACCUUUUCAGCGGUCCCAUCCCCGAGCAGACUCUCCCCCUGAAGGCUGCUGAGCUCUUCAAGAAGCAGCUCGCCAACAAGAAGGAGCCCCUCGUCCGUGAGCGUGCCUGUGAGGGUAUCCGCUCUAUCGCUCUCCACCCCACAAUUGCCGCCGGUGUUGAGCCCCACCUUGUUUCUCUCCUCGGCCCCGUCCUUGCCGCCGUCGGUGACAAGGUCCCUGCUGUCAAGGACGCCGCCAACAGCACUGCCCUCGCCAUUGUCAAGGCCGUCAGCGGUAACGCCGUCAAGGCUAUCAUCACCCCUAUCCUCAACUCCCUCGCCAACGCCCAGAAGUGGACUGAGAAGAAGUGUGCUCUCGACUGCAUUGACCAGCUCGUUGAGUCUGCCAAGAUGCAGCUCGGUUACCAGGUCCCCACUCUCCUGCCCGUCAUCUCCGAGGCCAUGUGGGAUACCAAGUCCGAGAUCAAGAAGGCUGCCUACGCCACUAUGGAGAAGGUUUGCGGUCUGAUUGUCAACAAGGAUAUCGAGCGUUUCAUUCCCGAACUCAUCAAGUGUAUCGCCAAGCCCCAGAACGUCCCCGAGACCGUUCACUUGCUCGGUGCCACCACUUUCGUUACUGAUGUUACUGGCCCUACCCUCGCUAUCAUGGUUCCCCUGCUGGACCGUGGUCUCGUCGAGCGUGAGACCGCUAUCAAGCGUAAGACCGCUGUCAUUGUCGACAACAUGUGUAAGCUGGUGGAGGACCCCCAGCUUGUCGCUCCUUUCUUGCCCAAGAUGUUGCCGGGUUUGAACAAGAACUACGAGACCCUUGCCGACCCCGAGGCUCGUGAGAAGACCAAGCAGGCUCUUGACACCCUGAGCCGUGUCGGUCACGUCGUCGACGGUAAGAUCCCCGAGGUCUCCCGCGCCGGUGACAUCUCCACUGUCGCUGAGAUCCUCAAGGAGAUCCUCACUGCCACCAAGCACAAGGAUGUCAUCCCUGCCUCCGAGGAGCUCAUCAACUACGUUGCUGCCAUCUGUGGUCAGCUCGUUGACGAGAAGGAGAACGACCACGUCAUCUGGACCACCAACACCCUGCCCUUCAUCACCGCCAUUGUUGGUGAGGAAGAUGCCAAGUCUAUCGCUGAGACCCUCCGCAAGAAGGCCUGCCCCGAUGCCGCUGCUGCUGAUGCCGUCGCCUCUGAUGAGGAGGAGGGUGAAGAUCUGUGCAACUGCACCUUCUCCCUGGCCUACGGUGCCAAGAUUCUGCUGAACCAGACUCACCUGCGCCUCAAGCGUGGCCAGCGUUACGGUCUCCUCGGUCCCAACGGUUCCGGUAAGACCACCCUCAUGCGCGCUAUCAACAACGAGCAGCUCGAGGGUUUCCCCAAGAAGGAUGAGGUCAAGACCGUCUACGUCGAGCACGAUCUCGACUCCGCCGAUACUGAGUUGACCACUAUUUCCUGGACCAUGAAGAAGUUGGCUGAGGUCGGAAUUACCGCUGAACAGGCCGAUGUCGAGAAGCGUCUGUACGAAGAGUUCGGUUUCUCCGAGCAGCAAGUGCAAGGUCUCAUUUCCGCCCUGUCUGGUGGUUGGAAGAUGAAGCUUGCUCUGUGCCGUGCCGUCUUCGAGCAGCCCGAUAUUCUGCUGCUUGACGAGCCUACCAACCACUUGGACGUCAAGAACGUCGCUUGGCUCGAGAACUACCUCAAGACCUCUCCUUGCACCUCCAUCAUGGUCUCCCACGACUCCAAGUUCCUUGACAACGUCAUCCAGCACGUUGUCCACUACGAGCGCUUCAAGCUCCGCCGUUACCGCGGUACCCUGAGCGAGUUCGUCAAGCAGGUCCCCUCCGCCAAGUCCUACUACGAGCUCGGUGCCUCCGAGAUGGAGUUCAAGUUCCCCGAGCCCGGUUUCCUUGAGGGUGUCAAGACCAAGUCCAAGGCCAUUUGCCGUGUCUCCAACAUGAGCUUCCAGUACCCCGGUACCGCCAAGCCCCAGAUUCACGGAAUUACCUUCCAGGUCUCCCUCGGCUCCCGUAUCGCUGUCAUUGGUGCCAACGGUGCCGGAAAGUCUACUCUUGUCAACGUCCUGACUGGUGAACUCAUCCCCACAUCUGGUGAGGUUUACCAGCACGAGAACAUCCGUAUUGCCUACAUUAAGCAGCACGCUUUCGCUCACAUCGAUCACCACCUCGACCUUACUCCCUCCGAGUACAUCCAGUGGCGUUUCCAGACCGGUGAGGACCGUGAGACUAUGGACCGUGCCAACAAGAUCGUCACCGAGGAGGAUGAGAAGGCUAUGGACAAGAUCUACCAGGUUGAGGGCACCUUCCGUCGUGUCAUCGGCAUUCACUCUCGCCGCAAGUUCAAGAACACCUACGAGUACGAGAUCUCUUGGUCUCUGGGUGACAACAUCGGCAUGAAGUCCGAGAAGUGGACUCCCCUCAUGUCCGCUGACAACACCUGGUUGCCCCGUUCCGAGAUCAUUGUCUCCCACCCCAAGCAGGUCGCUGAGGUUGAUCAGAAGGAGGCUCUCGCCUCCGGUCAGUUCCGUCCCCUUGUUCGCAAGGAGAUCGAGCAGCACUGCGCCAACUUCGGUCUCGAUGCCGAGCUGGUUUCUCACUCUCGCAUGGUUGGUCUCUCCGGUGGUCAGCGUGUCAAGGUCGUUCUCGCCGCUUGCUCAUGGCAGCGUCCUCACUUGAUCGUCCUCGACGAGCCCACUAACUACCUCGACCGUGACUCUCUCGGUGCCCUCUCCAAGGCCAUCAAGUCCUUCGAGGGUGGUGUUGUUAUCAUUACUCACUCUCGCGAGUUCACUGAGCACCUUACUGAGGAAGUCUGGGCCGUCAACGACGGUAUGAUGACUCCUUCCGGUCACAACUGGGUUCAAGGUCAGGGCUCUGGUCCUCGUCUUGAUGCCAAGAACGAUGACGAUGAGGAUAAGUUCGAUGCUAUGGGUAACAAGAUUGUUACUGAGAAGAAGGUCAAGCUCACUGGUUCCGAGCUCCGCAAGAAGAAGAAGGACCGUGCUGCCCGCCGCAAGCGUGGUGAGGAGGUCUUCUCUGAUGAGGACAUUUAG